GGUGCUGUUUACACUGCAGUCUCUGGUUACACAGUAGACAAAACCGGUCACUGAGACACACACACACAGAGAGAGAGAGUCUGACUGACUGACCAGUCUACCUUCUGCUAUGAUGCUGGAAUAACACAGACUCCCCUCUCUCUAACAUCUACCCCAUAUUAAUCUGGAAGAUGUCUGGGAAACUCGAGAGUAAACAAGACUCCCAGCGCUCCAACCUUCAAACCUUCACAAUGAGGCUAAUAGAUCGGUUUCACUCCCCCAAGCCAAAAAGAGUACAUUCUUCGAAGAAAGCAUCAAAGCCUUUGGUAGAGCGAACAGUCAAGACUCCAGAGAAGCAAGAAACUAAGAGUCUCAGCCGGGUGGAAGAGAAGGAGAAAGAAGUGGUCAGUGCCUUGCGUUACUUCAAGACGAUAAUCGAUAAGAUGGUGGUGGACCGAAAAGUUUUGGAAAUGCUUCCCGGCUCCGCCAGUAAAGUGUUGGAGGCUAUCGUGCCUUUAGUGCAAAUUGACCCCAAGAUUCUGAAAAGUUCCUCCGUGUCAUCGUGCCUCAGCCGAGUGUAUCAGAGUCUGGCGAACCUCAUCCGCUGGUCAGAUCAGGUGAUGCUGGAGGGAGUGAACCUGGAAGACAAGGACACUGUUGCAAAUGUUACCAGCAUCAUCAAAGCGGUGCUGGAUGGAGUGAAGGAACUGGUGAAGCUGGUCAUGGAGAAACAGCAGCUCCCUUCCCCAACAUCACCCACAGCCAAAAGUGUCCCCUCAGUCAUCAGCUCCGAGAGCGUUCCAGGACUUAAUGUCAUAGAGACGGAAGAUGAGAGCUCGACAAACUCCCCUGCACUGAGUCAUUCCACAGAGGCCCUGACUGACGCCCCCUCCACUGUAGAAGCAGCGCCUCCCAAACCCCCACUCCCUGGCCUCCAAGUGCCCAAGCAUUGUCCCCCAGCUCUUCCCCCUAAGAAGCGUCAGUCAGCUCCGUCUCCUACCCGAGUCGCCGUCGUGGCUCCUAUGAGCCGUGCCACGAGCGGGUCGAGUCUUCCGAUCGGCAUCUGCAGACAGGACUUUGAUGCAGAUGGUUUACAGCGACGUUUUUCUGGUGGCAGUCACUCGUACGGUGGCGAGUCCCCGCGCGGCUCGCCCUGCGGCAGCAUGGGUAAAUUGAGCAAGUCAGACGAGCAGCUGUCCUCUCUGGAGCAGGACAGCGGACAGUGCUCUCGCAACACUAGCUGUGAGACUCUAGAUACAGCAGAAAGCUACGACCCAGACUAUGACUUCCUCAGAGAGGACUUGUCCAGCGUGGAUCAGAUUUCUCUGCCUGCCGGAAGCUGUCUCAGUCCUCUUCCCGAGUCCCAUCGGGAGCCAUUGUCCUCCCUGUGUCCAGGCCAGAUUCCCUACGGAUCUCCCACUCUCUAUCAAAUUGUCAUUCCUACUCCACCGCUCGCCUUCAUCGCCCCUCCUGCUCUGCCGGAAAAGAAGCGGCGCAGCGGCAACCCUCAGACUCCCUUAGACGGCCUGGCAUGUCGGACGCACUUCGAGCGCCUUCACUCCAACUACGACAACGUCACAGAUGAGGAAAUGCCCGUUCCACCGUUCCCUCUGUUCACUCAUUUCAAUGCUAUGGUCGAUUAUGGGGGGGAAUUUGUCGUGUCCGAGAACUCGUCCGUGCCUCAAUCUCCUCCACCUCUACCUGAGAAGAAGAGCAGACACAUCCUGAAGUACAUGCAGUUUGUGGAGGAUUAUUCGGAACCGCAGCCAUCCGUCUUCUACCAGACGCCACAGAGCGAGAGCAUCUACGAGCAGCGCAACAGGCUCAUACAGGAAGUGUACGGCUUCAACGACUCUUUCAGCAGCAACGACUCCGUACACGAGCCCCUCCCUCCUCCAGCGCUCCCACCCAAACAGAGGCAGCUGGCCUCCUCUCAUUCUGCGUCUCCUUCCUCAUCCUCCUCUUCCUCCCUCUCCUGCCAACUGCAGCCGGCUGGAGGCCCGGGUUCUGCUGAGGUGGACGCUGCUCUCAGUCUGUCCGCCUCGAGCUCAUCUCUGGGCUGCCCGGCUUCUCCUCCUGCCGCCACGAGCCAGAAUGCUAGUGACGAGAGUGGGUACGUCAAUCUGUAUUCAUCCAACCAAGCCAACGGAGACCUGCCACUCUCAAACGGUGACCCCAACUGUGGCACAGAGGACUCGCUCCAGGACUCGGUCUUGGACGAUACCAAGGAGCCGACUGACUCGGACAGCUGGCAGCAGAAGUGUGCCGACUCGGACCUGAGCUCGGAGGAGCUGGAUGAGCUGUCCCUUGUGGAUCACAAUGAGAUCAUGGCCCGUAUCACACUAAAGCAGGAGAAUGACGAUGGACCGGAUGUUCGAGCAGGAUCAGGGGACGUUUUAUUAGUACAUGCAACAGAAACGGAUCGCAAAGAUCUGGUUUUAUAUUGCGAAGCCUUCCUGACGACGUACAGGACGUUUCUAUCCCCAGAGGACCUCAUUAAGAAGCUCUAUUAUAGAUAUACUAGAUUUUCUCACAGUUCAGACAGCGUUAAGAAGCGCGUCAGCAAGAACACCUUCUUCGUGCUGGUGCGUGUUGUGGACGAGCUUUGUUUGGUGGAGUUGACAGAAGACAUCCUGAAGAACCUCAUGGACCUGGUGGUCAGUCUGGUGUGUAGUGGGGAGCUCAGUCUGGCCCGUGUCCUCCGAAAGAACGUUCUGGAUAAAGUGGAGCAGAAGAAGCUGCUAAGCUACACUAAUUCGUUGAAGCCGCUGGCCGCCCGCAGCGUCGCUGCCAGGCCCGGGACUCUCCAUGACUUCCGCAGCCAUGAGAUCGCAGACCAGCUCACUCUCCUGGACGCAGAGCUCUUCUACAAAAUAGAGAUCCCCGAGGUUCUGUUGUGGGCAAAAGAACAGAACGAAGAGAAGAGUCCGAAUCUUACCCAGUUCACAGAACACUUCAAUAACAUGUCUUAUUGGGUUCGUUCUCUAAUAAUCACACAAGAAAAAGCCCAAGACCGAGAAAAACUCCUCCUCAAGUUUAUCAAAAUCAUGAAGCACUUACGAAAGCUCAAUAACUUUAACUCCUACUUGGCAAUACUGUCCGCUCUGGAUUCGGCACCUAUCCGGAGACUGGAGUGGCAGAAACAAACCUCAGAGGGUCUAGAGGAAUACUGCACUUUAAUCGAUAGCUCCUCGUCGUUCCGGGCGUACAGAGCAGCCUUGGCAGAUGUGGAGCCUCCCUGUAUACCGUAUCUAGGUCUGAUCCUUCAGGACUUAACCUUUGUGCACCUCGGGAAUCCUGACUUCUUCGGAGGGAAGGUGAACUUUUCGAAACGCUGGCAGCAGUUCAACAUCCUCGACACCAUGCGGCGCUUCCAGCAAGUACAUUAUGAUCUCAAACACAAUGACGACAUCGUGUCCUUCUUCAAUGACUUCAGUGACCAUCUCGCUGAGGAGGCGCUGUGGGAGCUCUCUCUAAAGAUCAAGCCACGGAACAUCACACGCCGCAAAACAGAGCGGGAGGAAAAGACGUAGGACUUCAGGGCGUAGCACUGCAACAGAACUCUGUUCAAGUGGACUCGUGAAGUGAAGUUAAAUUAAGCAAUUAAGAAGUGACCGUGCCGGCAGCUACGAAACUGUUGGGAACUGUAUAACGUUUCCGUAGGUUUACAGGAGGUUUGGGAUCGCACGGCGUCUUGACCUGUGAAUAUUUUUAAGGGAGCGUGCAGGACACAGAGGUGUGAGGGUCAGCGAUGCCUCGUUAUCUGGACAUGUCACUCUACACACCUCCAGACUGUGAUGUAAUUCCUGAGGAGAAGAAUGACUUUUUUUUUUAACAGUGCACAUAACAAGUGUUUACGACAGACUUUAGAAAGAUCGUCACGUCUAUGUUUUAACAGCUUGCAGCUAUUCGGUACUAGGUAUCCUUGGUAUUAAUAGACAGUUAAUAUAAAAGGCAUGAUUGAAAUUUCCACAGACUUUAGCACCUUCAGCUCAUGUUGCAUCGAGACGACGUGACCUCCUGAACAGGUUUACAUAGAGCUCUGUUAACAGACUGUUAACACCGUCCUCGUGUUCCUGGUUAGGACCAACUGCUCCUCGGUCGUGGAUCGUUAUCGUACUCUCUGGAAACAAAAGGCUUUACACCACUUAACAUCAAGUCUUCCAGUUGUAUUUAUUUAAAAAAAAAAAAAAAAAGUCUACUUUUCAAAGAAAUCUAUCAUGUCUUGUGAAUUGUAGAGUUGUGUACAUUGGUAAGUGCAGAUCCCUAUAUUUCAUGUUUGUGAAUAAUGCUUAUAGAAAGUCAUCCGGAUUCAGCUGUUGGGGCGUCGGAGGAGUAACUGAUCUCUCUGUACUAUGGAUCCAGUCUCUCUAUUACAGUGUGCGCUCAGAACCUGAUACCAAGUGCCUACAGCUGUUCAAAUGGUGCAGUGAUUUGUCAUUUAUUUUUGUAUAAUGUUCCUUUUUUUACGUUAAACAUUUCACACGGACACCGACAGGAAGCCUACACUCUCUCUCUCACCCACUCGAUGGUAUGAAAAGUGUUCAUUUGAAACUGUUUGUGGGGAAAAAACCCACCUGUAUAAAGAGCAUAUGAAGGCAUUGUGUGAGGGUGAUGUGAGCUUUGUGAAUACUGGAAGGAGUCAUUUAUUAAAAUGAUUGAUGUGGAAUUAAA